GAAUAAUUUAAUCAUGACAUCAGUGUUACAGCGAUUGCAGAAAGCGUUCGAAGGUCAGUCUUAAAAAGACUUUGUGUGAAACAGAAAUUGUAGACCGUGAUGUUUUGAAACACGGUCAGCUGGAAGAACAUGGCAAAGUAAGACUACAUUUCCGUAAUAAGGGUAUACAGUUAUUUUCCAAGAUGCCGCCAUGCAUCGAUGACGUAAUGAAACUAUGUUGCAAAUUAUCUGCAAAUCAACAAAUAAAGACAGCAGUGAAGCAGUCUGGGAAGGGGGCAGCGGCAGCCGGUGGUCUUGCUUUUGCAGGAGGAUUAAUAGGGGGUCCUCUGGGAAUUGCAGUAGGUGGGGCUGUUGGAGGUCUGCUUGGAUGCUGGAUGACAAGUGGACAGUUUAAACCUCUUCCCCAGGUUAUUAUGGAACUGACGCCAGAUCAGCAGCGCAGGCUUUAUGAGGAUGUAAUGGGCAUCAUAGGCUCAAUAACAUGGACUGAUGUAGCACAGCUGACAGCACUUGUAAUGGGAAACGCCACACUCCAGCAACAGGUGACAGCUACCCUUCUUAGCUAUAUUCAAAGGGAGUUUCAAGCUGAGGUGCACUAUGUGGACUGACACUGUAUGCCAGCAUUUCAAAAUCUUAUAAUCAGAGGCGAUACAGGUUGUUGACUGAAUGCUUGAGGGCAGCAAUUGAAGUUGGCAGAUGAAAAUGUUUUAAAUUUAUAUAUGGUAUAUAUGAAGCUGACACAGACUGUAUAUUUUUCUUGAAAAUAAUUUCCUGGGAUAAUGUGUGGUUUGUUUUUAGGACAUAUCAUCAGUAAUAACUACAGUAUAAGAUGGUGGCUUGGGGUGUAGCUCUUAAUGAAUUAUGCAGUUUACAGUUUUGAACAUAUGUGACUAUGAUAUUGUCGAAUGCUGAUAAUGUAUUGUUUUGGAUCCAAUAA